AUGGAUUUUCCACUGCAAAGCACUUUUGGUGUCAGAAGUGCGGCUGUCUUGCAGUCUGCAGAGGCAUACCAGAAGCACAGAAAGAGAAUCAACAAGAGUCUGAAGAAGACCCGUCGCUCGUUGAAGAUUCACACAAAGGAUACAAAGAACUAUUCCAACAAAGAAAAGAUUUCAAAGAUAUCAGAGAAUGAUUAUGAGAAUGACCAAAGGUAUGGAAAGAUUCUGUUGGAGACUGCGGAAAGAGACUUGCUGAUCAUUGAGGAAACAAGAAUCUUGAUGGCUGUUCAUCCUUCCAAGUCCAAGGAAAAAUUCAUUGUGUCCAAGUAUAAGACUGCGCUCAAAAAUGCUCUCCACUUGUUGGAAAUCAUCUCCAAAGAGUCCAACGAAUACAAGAGACUCGAGGCAAUUGUGUAUACUGCUUUGAUCCAGGGCUCAUUGGCCAUAUCCAGAAAGAAUUGGAAGAUAGCUAUCCAUGCAUUUUCCGUUGCCAGAUGCUCUCUACAGUUUCUGUAUGCUCACAACGAAAUUUCUGAGGAGGGAGGAAAGGAGAUCUACACUGAAAUCAUUGACACAUACAUUGAUCCAGCUCUCAGACUUGCCCUAGGAAAAGAUUCCAACAACAAAACAGCAGACUUGGAUAAUGCUGCUCGUUAUCACAGUCACGAUAACACUGUGGAGUUCAUUGUGCCGGCUGUCGAGAUAAUUUCUGCCAAGGAUGCAAGUUUUGUGAAGGCGUCUGAUGAACAAGCGUCUCUGAAAUUGAUCAAGGAGAUCCAAUGGAGUCAGUUUUCAGCCACCAUCAAGUCGGAAGAUGUGGCCAGAAAGAUAAUGGAUGCCCAGUCCAUGCUGGAACAGGUGAAGGAGUCCGACAUUGCAUCAUAUGACCCUGCUUUGUUAAGCUGGCAGGAGGCUCUUCAAACACAUCGCCAGGAAAUGGACAGAAUAAAGAAUGAGGAUGAGGACGAGGCACAGGACAGAUACAUCCUGCUGACGUACAUCAACUACAAUUACUUGAUCCUGCGUAUCAGAAGAGAUGUCUCUUUGCUGGUGGCAGUUCAAUCAAAGGCGGCCAAGAAGUCUGCUUCCAACACCAUGGUGCUGGAACAUAGCAAGGAUGCAGUGAGACUAUUGGAAGGUAUCACUGGAACCAUCGCCGAAGUCAAAGAUCUUCCUGGUGUAGGAAAUGAUGAAGAUCUGACUUCGUCUUUGGAUUCUUUGGAGUCGUACUAUUCUGCGCAGAAGGUGAUGCAGAUCUACAACGCAUACCUUAUUUCAGGUCGCUUUACCGAGGCCCUUGCCCUUGUUGUCAAGGCGUCAGAGACAGUCCAAUUAUCCAAAGAGAUCACCACAGAGUUUCCAGGAACACUCCCAACUAACACGGAUCUGAUAGCUUUUAAAGAAAAUAUCUCUAGUGCCUUGAGAAGGGUGCAUGUUCUUGCGCAAUACGCCAGAGAGACGUCCGAAAGCUCCACAAAGGAAUACAUAUCAGAUCACCUUGACAAGUGCAUAUUGGCGUCGCCUUCUGAAACACUGAAACAUAUCGUUCCAUUAGAGAUUGACCUAGUUCCAGUCGCUGUCAAGCCUGUGCUGUUUGACGUGGCUUUCAACUUCAUCAACUACGAUGCUCCUGCUCAGAAGUCCUUUGACGAAAAGAAGAGUGAAGAAACUGCAGACAAGAAGAAGAAAGGACUUUUUGGAUUGUUUGGUAGAUGA